UGACCUCCACCGGCAUGAACAUGAACAGCAGAGUAAGUAUUAUAUUUAGCGUAUUUAUUCAUAGAAAUGUUCCUAGCUUGUUACACUGAGUGCACUUUAGUAAUCUAGUGUCAGAGCACAAGGCAACCGUAAUCCCAGAAAACUGAUUGUCAGUGGGAUUGGGCAAGGCCCAACAUGUAGCAAUGUGUUUUUGUAUGUUUGAAUGGGGAAUAGAAAUGAUUCUUGCUUAUUUUCAGAUCACCUUCUACGAGGACAGGAACUUCCAGGGUCGUUCCUAUGAGUGCAGCAGCGACUGCCCUGACAUGUCCUCCUACCUGAGCCGCUGCCAGUCCUGCAGGGUUGAGAGCGGCUGCUUCAUGGUGUACGACCGCUCCAACUACAUGGGAAACCAGUGGUUCAUGAAGAGGGGAGAGUAUUCUGACUUCCAGCGCAUGAUGGGAAUGACCGACAUCAGGUCCUGCCGCAUGAUCCCCAUGCACAGAGGAUCUUUCAGGAUGAGGAUCUACGAGAGGGAGAACUUUGGAGGUCAGAUGCACGAGAUGAUGGACGACUGUGACAGCAUCAUGGAUCGUUACCGCAUGAACAACUGCAUGUCCUGCAACGUUAUGGACGGCCACUGGCUCAUGUAUGAGCAGCCCCAGUACAGAGGCAGGAUGAUGUACAUGAGGCCUGGAGAGUACAGAAACUUUAACCAGAUGGGCAUGGGCAUGACGUUCAUGAGCAUGAGACGUAUCAACGAGUCAUGUUACUAG